CCCCGCCAUCUUUUAUAUGCGAUGUGGCACGGCAGAUGCACGCCGCCUCUCCGGUUGACAAAGCGCGAACCAGCUUCAAAGAUACUGCUGGUGUGCUUCGAAUUCUGUCUGUCCCAAUAUGACCGAAAGUUCAACUUUGACGGUUCUCAAUGUCGGAAUCAUUGGUUUGGGAGAGCUCGCUCAGGUGUCCCACAUUCAUGUCUUGAACAAUCUCUCCGAAUAUUACCAAAUCACCUACCUCUGCGAUGUGUCGCAGCAGGCGAUCCAACACUGCGUCAAGAAGGUUGCUGGAAGGACGCCUAAAACAACUUCCGAUCCUGAAGAGUUGAUCUCCUCCCCGGAUGUCGACGCUGUGAUCAUCUGCAACGUCAACGCUUUCCAUCCUUCACAGACUAUCCUGGCGCUUCAGCACAACAAGUAUGUGUUUGUCGAGAAGCCGCUUGCCCUAAACUACCGCGAUCUUGAUGCCAUUCUUGCCGCAGAGAAUACCUCAAAGGGGAGAGUGUUCGUAGGAUACCAGAGACGAUAUGCCUCGGCUUUCCUCGAUGCAGUGAAAGAAGUGGGAAGCAUGGAAAAGAUAGAAUACAUACGGGUUCGAGACAUCAUCGGCCACAACAGCUCUUUCGUGAGCCAGUCGGGAAUGUUCCCAAAGAAAUUCACCGACUUCCCGAAAGAUGCGACUGCUGACAUGAAGGCAACCGAGGAAGAGAUGGUGAAGAAAGCCCUCGUUGGCGAAUUUGGAGUCGAAGCAACACCAAGAUCAAUGACUAUAUUCCGGCUUUUCACGGGACUUGGCGUGCAUGACUUCUCCGCUCUCCGGGAGGUAGUUGGCAUGCCCUCCAAAGUUGUCGGUGCCUAUCUUGGGCUGCCUGUUUGGAACGUGAUAUUUCAAUACAAAGACUUCCCCGUGAUGUACGAGUCCGGCAUUCUCGAUGUGCCAAUCUUCGACUGUCAUCUCGAGAUCUUUUCGCAGGGAAAGAUUGUGCGCAUCAACUAUGACACCCCGUACGUGAAGGGCCUUCCUGUCACCAUGACCAUCAGGGAGAAGUUUGAGAGCGAUAAGGGUGACGGCUACCAAGAGCGUACUGUGCGGAAGACCUAUGAGGACCCUUUUACGCUUGAGUUUCUGGAGUUUUAUCGCUGUGUGACGAACAAGUCGACUCCGAAGACUUCGGCCAUGGACUUUCGGGAAGAUUUGGACCUCAUAAAGAUGAUCAUGCAGGCAGAAUAAGCUUGCUUUUUCUUACGAGACGGUUAAUCGAUUCAAAGAUUUUGUAGCCUACCUAGGUACCUAGGUAGGUACGCUGAGAUAUGAGUAUUGGCGGACG